AUGCUGAACGACAUUAAAAUAGAAGACCGUCUGCGGACUGAAGCGGGAGAGCUGGACGGCCUGAUGGACGGCGGGGACCCCCUCCGGCGGGCGGUGUGCUGCGAGGGCUGCACGCGGGUCAUCUCGGACCGCUUCCUGCUGCGCGUGGACGACGCGUCGUGGCACGAGCGCUGCCUGCAGUGCGCCGCGUGCCGGCGGCCGCUCACCGACACCUGCUACGUCAGAGGCGCGAGACCCUACUGCAGGGCCGACUACCAGCGGUUGUUUGCCACUAAGUGCAGCGGCUGUCUGGAGAAGAUCUCGCCCACCGAGCUGGUGAUGCGAGCUCUGGAGAGCGUUUACCACCUCGGCUGCUUCUGCUGCGGCGUCUGCGACCGCCAGCUGUGCAAAGGAGACGAGUUCGUCUUGAAGGAAGGUCAGCUGCUCUGCAAGAGCGACUACGAGAGGGACCGGGACCCGCUCGGCCCCGCCAGCCCAGACAACUCGGACUCAGAUGAGAGUGAAGACGAGGACGUGGACGUGAAGUCAGAGAAGUGCCCUGCAGCCGGGAAGAGCAGCGGGGACAGCAAAGACCCUCGGCGGCCCAAACGGCCCCGCACCAUCCUCAACACGCAGCAGAGGAGGGCCUUCAAGGCCUCCUUCGAGGUGUCCUCCAAGCCCUGCAGGAAGGUGAGGGAGACCCUGGCUGCAGAGACAGGACUCACGGUCCGGGUGGUCCAGGUCUGGUUUCAGAACCAGAGAGCGAAGAUGAAGAAGUUAGCGCGCAGACAGCAGCAGCAGCAGGAGCAGCACAACAGCCAGCGGCUCAGCCAAGAAGGGAUGUCGGGUUGCAUGGAGGGUCUACUGAGCUCCUACUCCGGCCACCUAGCCCCCCCCCAGCAGCUGGUGGCCAUGGACCACAGCAGCUACCACCCGGACCCCUUCCAGCAGGGCCUCACGCCACCACAGAUGCCCGGAGACCACAUGAACCCUUACGGCACCGACAUCAUCUUCCACGACAUGGACAGCGACACGUCUCUGACCAGUCUGAGCGACUGCUUCAUGGCUCCGGACGGAGGCUCCCUGCAGGCCCGGGCGGGAAACCCCAUUGACCGCCUGUACUCCAUGCAGAACUCCUAUUUUGCCUCCUGA